GCAUCACUGGUCUCGUCUGGUGUCGGUGAGAAGCUGAGUGGACCGGAGUGCUGUCAUGGCGUCCGUACUGAUGGCUUGGGUUUGGAUCGGUUUAACUCUAGCCCAGCUCAACAACGCAGAGACCCAACGGUACGCACACGGACGUCUGGCCGACCAGGACGAGCGUUACGACGGCAACGAGCAGAGGUUUGAGGCGGCUCCAGAGAAGGGGACAGAGCGAAGUUUCCCAGCGCCGGUUUGGAAUUUCCUGCAAGGGAGUGGAAAUGGUCCAGAGACAUCGGAUUUCAACCAGCCACAGUAUCGCUGCAGUAACGGAACUCUUUUCCUGCGCUUUUCACUCAUCCGAUACACAAAUCUGCAUCUGGAAGAUGGGUCACGUUUGUUGUCGCUGCCAGACAGGUGUGACAGUUCAGUUCAGAUUUAUAGGUGGUGGUUACUGGUGAAGCUUCCCUAUACUGGCUGCUACACAGCAACUCAGACUGGAGAUGGAAAUGAUUUCCACCCAUUGAAACUGCAUUAUUUUGACCGUCUGCGGCAGGAGAACGUGACAGGCAUGGCUAUCUGCGAUCAUCCAGUAAUGUUGCCACAAGCAGCGUCACCGUUGGUGACUUGUGGGACAACACAUGUCACUGUGAAGCUGCCUCAUGAAACAGAACUGAGAAAAGUGAAAGAGCUCGGGGAGAAGUUUUAA